GGGAAUUGAAGUGUGCUUCUGAGUUUGUGGAUGCUGAUGAGUCCGUCUAGUCAGGCGGUAGCACAUGAUCGCCAAAGAGCUCAGAUCACUUACUGAGACUGAACUUCCUAUCUAUUGAUAUCUUUCGAGCUCAGAAUAACAGGGAAAAAUCCACUUUAUGUCUACCGAGUCUGUACUUGUGUUUUCACUGUAGGACCAACGCUCAAAACUGUGUCAUUUUGUCAUCGAGGAUAUGGAUAACCUCACGCCAGAGCAAUGGCGGGAGAUCAUGAACAAGAAGAUGCGCUUCCCUCCGGAGCUCAUCAGUGCCAUUAAGGAGGGGAAAAUCGAGCUGCUGUGUGGACUGCUGAAGACGGGGGACGGCAUCGUCCGCCAGCUGGAUGAUUCUGAGGAUCGUCAGUGGAGGGAGGCUCUCAACCUCUCCAUCCGCCUGGGCAGCGAGGAUGCCAUGGACACCCUCCUACAGGGGGUCAAGUUUGACUUCCGUCAGAUCCACGAGGCCCUUCUAGUUGCGGUGGACACCAACCAGCCCAAGGUGGUGAAGCGUCUGCUGGACCGCCUGGACCAGGAGAAAGGCAACAAGAUGGACGUACGAUCCUUCUCUCAGGCCAUCUUUGAUCACUCUAUUGACAACUCCCAGUUUGCCCCAGGUGUGACCCCUUUGACGUUAGCUUGUCAGAAAGAUCUGUACGAGAUCGUCACCAUGCUCACCCAGAAAGGCCACAGCAUCCCGUGGCCACACAAGAUAUCCUGUGCUUGUCUCGAAUGUCGCAACGGCCGGCAGUACGACCUGCUGAAGUUCUCCUUGUCUCGCAUCAACACCUACCGUGGCCUGGCCAGCCGAGCCUACCUGUCCGUCACCUCUGACGAUGCCAUGCUGUGCGCCUUCAGACUCAGCAGAGAGCUCCGGAAGCUGUCCCAAAAGGAGCCCGAGUUCAAGCCUCAGUACCUGAGCCUGGAGGAGCUCUGUCAGGAAUUUGCCGUUGAGCUGCUGGGCAUGUGUCGCAACCAGAGCGAGGUGACCACGAUCCUGAACAGCUGUGGAGAUGAGAGCCAGGAUUCAUUGAGCGAGCAGACCUUUGAAGAGGGAAUUCCCAAUCUGUCCCGACUGCGGCUCGCCGUCAACUACAACCAGAAGCAGUUUGUGGCCCAUCCAAUCUGCCAGCAGGUUCUGUCAUCGAUCUGGUGUGGAAGCUUGUCGGGUUGGAGAGGCAGCAGGACGGCGUGGAAGCUGUUGGUCUCUGUGGGGAUCUUUCUUACCAUGCCCCUUCUUUGCCUCAUAUACUGGAUUGCGCCAAAGUCAAAGGCAGGACGGAUGAUAAAGAUUCCCGUCAUUAAAUUUCUCCUUCACUCAGCCUCCUAUCUGUGGUUUCUCAUCACACUGCUCGGAGAGUCGAUAACCAUGGAAAUAUAUCGAGAAAAAUUUGCAUCCCGCCAGCAGAACAUCCUUCACAGCUCCUUCCACAUGGUGUGGGUGGUCGGCUUCUUCUGGUAUGAGUGUAAGGAAGUGUGGCUUGAGGGUCUGCGAAGCUACUUCCUAGACUGGUGGAACUGCUUGGAUAUGAUGGUGCUCAGCCUGUACUUGGCGUCCUUUGCACUGCGUGUGCUCAUCAUGCUCAAAGGCUACUUCCUGUGCCAUGAUCAAAACAACAGUGACGAGUGCAUCUACUUCACUCAGACAGUGCGUGACAGCUGGCAUCAGGAGGACCCCCAGCUCAUUUCUGAGGUGCUGUUUGCUGUGACGAGCAUGCUGAGUUUCACACGGCUGGCAUACAUCCUGCCAGCCCACGAGUCUCUGGGAACGUUACAGAUCUCUAUCGGGAAGAUGAUUGAUGACAUGAUGAGAUUCAUGUUUAUAUUGAUGAUUAUUGGGACGGCUUUUCUCUGUGGCAUCAACAACAUCUACGUUCCUUAUGUCAUCUCCCCACAUCUUGGCAGGUUCAAUGAGACCUUCCACUUCUUGUUCUGGACCAUGUUCGGAGUGGCCAAUCAGGACUACGUGGACAUGCCACAGUUUGUGUUGGCAGAGUUUGUGGGAAGGAUUCUGUAUGGUAUCUUCACCCUCGUCAUUGUGAUAGUCCUCCUCAACAUGCUUAUUGCUAUGAUCACCAACUCCUUCCAGAAAAUUGAGGAUGAUGCAGAUGUUGAGUGGAAGUUUGCCCGCUCGAAGCUGUACCUCAGCUAUUUCAGAGAGGGCCUCACCAUGCCGGUGCCUUUCAACAUCAUUCCUUCACCUAAGGCUUUUUUUUACAUGAUAAGGGGUGUCUUCAGGCGGAUCUGUUGCUGCUGCACUAGUGGUUCUGAGCAGAGAUAUCCCCCAAUAACCUCCGGGUCCAGUAACAAAGGAGGUGAGGACAGCCAGGUGCCCUACCGGCAGCAGGUGAUCGGGGCGCUGGUGCAGCGCUACAUCGAGUCGGCUCGCAGGGAGUUUGAAGAGACGAAGAGAAAAGAUAUUGGUAACCGGAUCACUGAACUGAAUAAAGCUGUGUCCAGGAUGUAUAGUGAGAUGAAAGUGGUCCAUCAACUUCUGAUGGCUGACGUACACGCUUCAAAUGAUGCAUUGACCAAGGAUGGGUCCUCUGUGUUAGGGAAAUACAUCAUUGGUGCAAAAAAUAAUUUCAGGGGUUUUAACAGCAGCAGGCAAGACGACAAAAACACAUCACUAAAAGUAACCGUGCACCAAGGAGAGGAAAAGGUUGACAAAGAAGAGGCUGAUUCAGACAUGCAGCAGCAGUCAGACACACAACCGAGACACGUGGAGGAAUGUGAAGACGAAGCCUCACAGCAGGAAACAGACUGUGAAGUAGUGAAAAUGGAGGAAGGACGAGCUAAGGCAGAGGAGGGCGAUAAAAAGGAAAUUGAUAAAAAAGAGCAGGCAGAAUCAGACAACAGUGAGAACAGUGACACUCAGUCAAAAGAGGUCACAGAAGGGACCGGUUUCAAUCAUGUGAAAGUAAAAGGGAAGGCAGAGAACAUACCGGAGGAGGGAGAGUUUAGAGGGGAAGGCGAGACUGAUAACGGGGCAGAGGAAAAAGAAAAGCACAUAGAGACAUUGACCGAGCACACUGAGAGCACCAAAGUCAGCGGCGCAAUGACAGAAACCAAGAAAAUAAUGAACAAGUUCAAAGACAUGGAGCUACAAGAGAAAAAAGUGGAGGCAGCAUGGACGAAGGGUCGGAAGUUCGAGACUAAUGUAGCAGGAAAAUCGGGAAACAAAUUGAUUCCCUCUCCCACGGGAAGCGGCAGCUCACAGGACACGGGCUUCGGUUCCCAGGAGGGGGAAGGAUCCAUCGAUGGGACGCCAGGGAACGCCUAAACACAGCUACUUUUCUGCAGUUUAGCUCUUUCCUCACCAAAAUCUGACAACACUCUAUCACUGUGUCAUCAAUUACUGAUAAUAUUCACAAUUUUCUUAAAUCCAAUUCUACGCUCUGAAGUCCAGCUAGAACUAAAUGCUGUAAACUUACAAAAUGGGAAAAUGUGAGUUUGGACGAUGUUUGUAGGUAGAUUAGGACAAUUUGUGAAAAUUCUACACAUAAUUUUUAAUUAGGUUUUGAUUUCAUUAAAGAUAAAUCAGAAAAGAAGUAGACCAUCUUUAUAUGGAGGUAUUAAAGUGGGCUGUAUGUUUUUUUAGUCCUUCACUAUCUAGUGCAAUUUUGCAAAUCUUCUCUUCAGAUCUUUUAACAUCUGAUUUAACUCACAGUCGAAACCUGUUGAAUUUAGCAAGACUGGGAGCUGAUUAAGAUGACUCUCCCUUAGAAUAGGAAAUUCACUGGCUUUUAAAUGCAUUCUCAUCCCCUGCUGACUGUUUUGAUUUGUAGUGACACUUGAUUAUGAGGAAAAAAGCUUUGUCUGGGGUUAAUGUUUUGUACAAUUAAAAACCUUUU